AUGAUUCUAAUUCUACCCAAUUUCCUCUUCUUCUUUUCCAUCAUCAUCACUACCACCAUCUCUACCUCAACCCCGUCCUAUCCUUACGGUUUGUCCUCCUACCACAUUAACUGCGGCACCUCAACUAACUUAACCGAUUCCUUCAACACAACAUGGCUCUCCGACCGUUUCUUCACCGGCGGAUCCACCUCCGACGUCUCCGAGCCUCUCCGCUUCAAACUCCCCUCCGAGAAAACGCUCCGAUUCUUCCCGUCUUCUUCCAAUGGCAAAAAAAACUGUUACUCUUUUUCUUCUCUUCCCUCUGCACGUUACCUUCUCCGCACCUUCACCGUUUACGAUAACUACGACGAUAAGUCACGUCCUCCGUCGUUCGAUGUUGCCUUCUCCGGUACCAUCAUUUUCAACUGGCGGUCUCCCUGGCCUGAAUCCACAGCUCAAUACGGGGCUUACUCUGACAUAUUCGUCUUCCUCAACACUUCAUUACCCGCUGAUCUUUGCUUCUAUGGCUUCGCCACCGAUGCUCCGAUCGUCUCUUCUAUUGAGCUUUUUCCUGUUGAUUCUACUUCAUAUGAUUCUCACUCCACCGGAGAGAAUCUCAUUCUUGUUAACUACGGUAGAAUCUCAUGCGGUUCCGAUGAUCCUUGGGGUCCUGGCUUCACCAACGACACUGACAAAUUUGGCCGGUCAUGGCAACCGGACAAACAAUUCCUAUCUGGACCGGAUGAAACCGUUGAAGAUGUGUCAACGGGGAACACCAUAGGCGGUGCUGAUAAAGAGCCUAACUAUUUUCCGAUGAAGCUUUACCAAACGGCUGUGACGUCAGAGGUGGGGUCGUUGGAGUACGAAUUGAGUGUGGACGCGAAGAUGGAUUAUAUGGUGUGGCUGCACUUUUCUGAGAUUGAUACUAGUGUUAAAAGAGCUGGAGAAAGAGUGUUUGAUGUGUUCAUCAAUGGAAAGAAUGCAACCAGAGUUGAUAUAUACAAAGAAGUGGGUGGUUUUACCGCUUUUACUUGGCAUCACGUUGUCAAAAACUUGAGCAGUAACACUUUGGGGAUUAAACUCAUUUCUGUUUCUGGUGCCCCUCUUAUUAGUGGCAUUGAGAAUUAUGCAUUGGUACCUAAUGAACCUUCAACUCACCCUCUUCAAGUGAGUGCUAUGAAGUCGUUGAAAGAAUCCCUUCGAAUUCCGGGAAGAAUGGGAUGGAAUGGUGAUCCUUGUGCUCCUACAACUUGGGAUGCUUGGGAAGGUGUUACCUGCCGUAUCAGUGAUGAUAAAACUGCUCUUCUCAUUACUGAAAUAAAUCUUGGCAGUCAAGGCUUAAAAGGGAGCAUAAGUGAUCAGAUUAGUCGUUUAUCAGACUUAGUUAGCCUAAAUUUGAGUUCUAAUUCCUUGGGAGGCGAAAUACCAUCAGGACUGGGUCAAAAUUCCAUGGUUAAAGUGGAUUUAUCCAACAAUCAGUUAACGGGCUCUAUACCUGACAGUUUGGAAUCUUCGAAUUUGCUACUAGUGCUAUUGAAUGAUAACCUGUUUGAAGGACAAGUGCCAGCGCAACUUUUUUCCGUUGGUGUGCGUGGUGGAGCUAUUGAUCUCUCUGGAAACAAAGGUUUGUGCGGCGUACCAUCUCUACCACCAUGUUGGAAGUAUGGCCGAUUAUCAACUGGGGCUAAAAUAUCGAUAGUCCUGUCAUGUAUUUUCGUUUUCUGCAUGAUCUUGCUGCUGGUAUAUAUCUACUGCAUAAGAAAAAGGAACGAUUAUGACUUUAAUCUACCCUAUGAUAUAAUGGCUCUAGCCUCCAAGAGAUGCAAAUAUCAGAGGCAGAAAUCAUUGGCGCUUCUUGAGCUGGAGAACCGAUACGCUAAGGGAUUUCCUUCACCUUUUACUCCUCAAUAG